AUGUAUAGAAAAGACAGAAAAAAUGGUGGAGGCGGACUGUUAGCAUACUUCUCUUCAGCUCUGCCUUCUAAGAAGCGGUCCCUGCCAAAGACCUACAAGACCCUCGAGGCAAUUGCUGUCGAGGUGAAGAUAGGAAGCAAUGAUUUGUUAGUUCUGUCAAUUUACAGGCCCCCAAAACAGAAAAGGAAGGGAAACGAGUCCAGCCUCCAGGAUCUUAACCACAUCUGUCAGUGAGCGUGUUUCCAAAAGCAGUCUGUCAUCAUUUUAGGUGACCUUAAUCUGGACAGAUUGAGAUUGGAUCGUGCUGAGGGGAAACUUCUGAAGGACCUGGAAGAAGUCAAUAAUCUACAGUGCAUGAUAACUGAACCCACUCGAGUUACAGCUCUCUCGGAGUCACUUUUGAACGUUAUUCUAACCAACAAUACUGAACUGUUCAAGAAAUAUGGGGUUUAUCAGCGAGAAAUGAGUGACCACCAUAUGGUGUUUGGAGAAAUGAUGGAGAAAGUCCACAAACACAAGACACGCACUACCACUUUCCAGCAGACAAAAAGUACUGAUUGCGAACAGCUUAACCGGGACUUGGAGGCUGCCCCCUGGCAUGUAGGAGAGAUUUUUUGUAAUGUGAACGAUCAAUAUGAUUAUUGGAAGGGACUGUUUGAGAGCGUUGUGGAUCAACACGCACCCACUAAAAAGAAACAAGUCAGGGAGAAAGAUAUACCCUAA